AUGUCGAUUCCGUAUUCUUUGGCCCAAUCUUUUUGGCCGCAGUCGUUUGGAAAAGAUUCAAUCGCUUCGUACGAUUUCUUGAGUUAUGUGAAUAAAGCCAGUGAGUUGUCCUCGAAUUUUGCCAUGGCCAUUGCGGAGUAUACGGGAGAGAUUGUAAUGUCGGCGAUUAACAAUGUCAGUGGAGAUUUGGAGCUAAUUUCGAUAACACCUGAAGCGUCACCGUCUCAGAGUUCGACAUUCGGUGCAAUCCAUUAUCAUUUAAAUGAGAGUAGCAGUCCAGGAAACGAGGUCAGCAAUGCCUCUGGUUCUUCAAGCGGUGAGGCUUCAAGGGUUACAGAUGAGGGGACCAGUGCAUUGUCGUCUAAAGGAUAUANAUUUCGAUAA